UCAUCCGACGUCACAUGAUCACGUCCGCCAUCUUGUUUCCGUGGACCGGGACCGUCGGACGACACCUUGGCAAAAAUCCCUUGGAAAAUGGUUUUAUAACCUCCAUAUAACGCCAUUUCCUCGCCUGAGAUCGCUAAUAACCAAGACGUCCUUUCUUAAAUCUCAAGAUGGCGCUGAAGAAAGUAAAAGGGAGUUUAGAGCGCGUUUUUGACAAGAACCUGCAUGACUUGGUACGUGGCAUACGGAACCACAAAGAUGACGAGGCCAAGUUUAUCGCCCAGUGCAUUGACGAGAUUAAACAGGAGCUGCGACAGGACAACAUUGCAGUCAAGGCCAAUGCCGUUGCUAAACUCACCUACCUUCAAAUGCUGGGCUAUGACAUCAGCUGGGCAGCCUUCAAUGUCAUCGAAGUCAUGAGCUCCAACAAGUUCACGUUCAAGAGGAUUGGUUACCUAGCUGCCUCCCAGUCCUUCCACGAGGAGACAGAGGUCCUCAUGUUGACGACCAACAUGAUCAGGAAGGACCUGAGCAGUCAGAACCAGUACGACGCAGCCAUCGCGCUCAACGGACUGUCCUGCUUCAUGACCCCUGACCUGGCUCGCGACCUGGCCAACGAUGUCAUGACUCUGAUGACAUCCACCAGGCCAUACAUCAGGAAGAGGGCAGUCCUCAUCAUGUACAAGAUCUUCCUCAAGUUCCCAGAAGCCUUGAGGCCAGCUUUUCCAAGACUGAAAGAGAAACUGGAAGACCCAGAUCCAGGUGUUCAGUCAGCUGCUGUGAAUGUGAUCUGUGAACUGGCCAGGAAGAACCCUAAGAACUACCUGUCCCUGGCUCCUGUCUUCUUCAAACUUAUGACUUCCUCCACCAACAACUGGGUCCUCAUCAAGAUCAUCAAACUGUUUGGAGCGUUGACACCGCUAGAGCCACGACUGGGGAAGAAACUGAUAGAGCCUCUCACAAAUCUGAUCCACAGUACCUCGGCCAUGUCCCUCCUGUACGAGUGCAUCAACACAGUGAUCGCAGUCUUAAUCUCGUUAUCUUCAGGCAUGCCAAACCACAACGCCUCUAUUCAGCUGUGUGUUCAGAAGCUACGUAUCCUGAUCGAAGACUCAGAUCAGAACUACGAGGGAACCUUCCAGGAGAGCCAUGCUAGCGAUGGGCAGUCCCAACAGUCCCUGAUUUCUGACGGGUCCCCAUCCUCUCAGCAAAGCGCCUCCAUGAAGUACCUGGGUCUACUGGCCAUGUCCAAGAUCCUGAAGACCCACCCCAAGUCUGUGCAGGCUCACAAGGACCUGAUCCUGCAGUGUCUGGACGAUAAGGACGAGUCCAUACGACUCAGGGCUCUGGACCUGCUCUAUGGCAUGGUGUCCAAGAAGAACCUGAUGGAGAUUGUGCGUAAGCUGAUGAUCCACAUGGACAAGGCUGAGGGCUCCAUGUACCGCGAUGAACUGCUGUCCAAGAUUGUGCAGAUCUGCAGCCAGAACAACUAUCAGUACAUCACCAACUUUGAAUGGUAUGUGAGUGUACUGGUGGAACUGACCAGAGUGGAGGGGACCCGUCACGGCAGUGUCAUCGCUUCACAGAUGUUGGACGUUGCCAUCAGAGUCAAGGCCAUCAGGGCAUUCGCUGUUGAACAAAUGGCCCAACUGUUAGAGAACUCGCACAUUGUGGCCAGCUCUGCCCAGAGGAACGGUAUCUGCGAGGUGCUUUACGCUGCUGCCUGGAUCGCCGGCGAGUUCUCGGAGCACCUCCGAGACCCCAAGGGGACCUUGGAGGACAUGCUGCGCCAGAAGGUCACGUCUCUCCCCGGCCACAUCCAGGCGGUCUUCGUACAGAACAUCAUGAAGCUGUACGCAGCCAUCCUGGUCAAAUAUGAGGAAGAUGAGGACAACGAUGGUAUCCGUGAGGUCAGUGACCUCCUGGUGGAGAAGCUGCCGAUGUUUGUCCAGAGCGGAGACCUAGAGGUCCAGGAGAGGGCCUGCUGUAUUCUCCAGCUCAUGAAGUAUGUAAAGAAGCUGCAGGACAAGGAUGUGUCGUGUGCAGAUGAGGUGUCUGCGCUGUUCGCGGGAGAGUUGAACCCCGUGGCACCCAAGGCUCAGAGGAAGGUUGCCGUCCCCGAGGGGCUGGAUCUGGACAAGUGGAUCAACGACCCGCCAUCUGAAAGUUCGGACGAAGAAGGCCCAGCUAACUCCUUGUUCAUUCCCGAUGACAGCAGGAUGAUGAAUGAAAGUCUGACCAGACAAGUAGAGGAACUGUCUGAUGAUGAACUGGAGAGGAGGAGAGAGAUCCGCCGUGCCGAAACCCAGAACAACCCACACUAUCUCAAGUUAGGCGGACCAGCUAAGGGCUCCAAGUACCAGGAGGUGGUGAAUGUGGAAGACAUUCCUGUGGCGAAUAUCGACCUUAGUGUUCCUCUCUAUGUACCUGCUCAAGAAAAUUCGCCCGAAAGCACAAAGAGAUUGUCAGACAAGUACCUGGAAGCAGAGCGCCAGGCCAGGAAGAGGGAGAAGAAGAGACGCCACGGGAAGAAGAGCAAACGUCGCCACAAGUCUGAGUCUGAGGAGGACAUGCCAGUGGUGCACAAGGUGGACAUCAUGGGUGGAGAGAUGCCGGAGGGUGCCACGGAGUCCGGAGAUGAAGGGAACCAGGAGUUGGAUGACAACGAUCCUCACAAGCUGCUGGACAUCGAUCUCGACAGACCACUAGAAGCCGAUGAGAAGCUCCCAGUCAGAACACACCGGAUCGUGUCACCAUCUGCCGAGGAAAGACCAGUGGAAGAGAAGAAAAAACAUCACAGAAAAGACAAGGAGAAAGAAAAGAAGAAAAAGGAAAAGGAAAAGAAGAAAAGUAAAAAGGAGAAGAAGAGGAACAAGUCUGGCGAUGACUCCGCCCACCCCAGUUUGUUGAUAGCGACAGAGUUGAUGUCUCCCGGCCACGAGGCCAUCCCCUCACCAGGGGAAGAGGAGGAGGUCGUCCCACCUUCUGCUCCGGUCAAGAAAGACUCAACACCGAAGAAGGAAGAGCCUAAGGAUGACUUGGACUUCUGGCUGUCUGGCCAAGAUGCGCCGGUGGCAGUUGAGGUGACAGCACCUGAAGCAGGAGCAGCUGCAGAUGUGGACUCGGAUGCCGAGGACACCAGCAGGCACAAGAAGAAGAAAGAAAAGAAGGCCAAGAAAGAAAAGAAGGAAAAGAAAGACAAGAAGGAGAAGAAAAAGAAGUCCAAGGCGGCAGACGAAGAUGAAGAAAUUGGUAGAAGGGAUGGUUUUGAAGAACUAGCUAGCGAUGCACCUGCACUUCCUCCCAUGUCCAGUUACAGACUGCUUGCUGAGGACUCCAACAUCAAGAUGACAUACGAAACACGAGUCCAGCCACAGCAGGGCCAGCAGCUCAUCGUGUCUGUCAUCUUCACUAGUCUGGCACAGCACCACCUCAAGUCACUGGAGUUCAAUGUCAUGGACUCACUCAACACCAAGAUGGACAGACUGCCUGGUGCUACAACACAUGAUGGAGUCCCUGUACCAUUCCAACUGCCACCUAAUUCCUUCAACGAAGGCCAGUUUGCGUUCCAAGUCCAAAGUAUUAAUGUUGCCCAAAAGCUGCGGGGAACGUUGACGUAUACUAUCAAGACGGAGGAAAGUUCCACCAGUGAGAAGCUGGAUUUUAAGCUCUACCUGCCGUGUACAGCAUUCCUCAUCGCCACGCCCUGCUCUAGUGAUGCCUUUGCCCGACUGCUGCAAGGUGGAGACCUCAGCUCCAAGUACUCCAUCAAACUGCCCAACAGCGGAGUUCCCUUCUCUCAUAUCCUGGCUAAGGUCUGCUUCUACGGGCACUUUGCAAUUGUAGAACAGAUUGACCAGAGUGCUUCCCUGUACAGCUGCUCUACACAAGGCCAUCACAUCUGUCUGCUUGUCAAGGCAAAUGGUGGUGGUGAUGUCUCCAUCGAUGGGAAGUGCGCAGAUGGCUCGCUACUGUCUAACGUCAUGGAAGAAAUCAAAGUCACUGCCUCAUAGUAACAUCAAUCUUUCACUGCUCCAUAGUAUCCAUAGCAAUGUCAACAAAAAUAAAGGAUCAAAUCCACACAGAAUCAAAUUAAAUCCACUCAGCAUUACUGAAUAGAUACUAACGAUUCAGUUCAGUUCAGUUAUCCUAACAAUUAAUGCAAGGAUAAAGUGUUCAAAUCAUCAUUCUUUCAUCCUUCCUUUUGAACAUUCUAUAAUUGUUUCUUCAACUGUCAAAUGAUGACCAUUUUUAUCAGGUUGUUAAAUUGUAGGACACUAAAAAAAAGCUCUUUUCCCUUUUCUGGGGGGAAAACUGUACUAUUGGCUCUAAAAUGGUACCAUAUUUGCAGUGAUGGAAGACACUACUGAUCCAGUUAAGUUCCUUCCUCCUUUGUUAGGUGGCACACUUAAUGUUUGGGACCGGACAAGGUCUUCACUGUGCUCAAUGGCAGAUACAAGUUCACCCUUUUCCAGUCCAAUGUCCUCCUCCUUUUUUCUUUCACCAUGAGAGGACAACACAGUCUUGUUUCUGUAGUAGGACCAUUGCAGAGAUUUUCUCAUGUGUUAUGACAUGACCAACAGUUGGUUGUUCACAGGCAGCCAAUUUGGUUCUUGCAAUCAUCCAAUAGUUACCAAGCCUUUUCUUACUUCGUACUAAAGUGCACAUGUUGCAUACUAAAGUGCACAUGUUGCAAAAAAUAGGUAAUCAAGGUUUAACGUCGCUGCAAUUUUCCAGAACUCCUUGAGAAUAUGCUACUGACUGACUGGCAGUUAGACAGUCAUUAGCUACAAAAAGGUCAGUAUCAAACUUAAGGAAAGAUCAACUUGAGAAUGUCAGGAUUUUCAGGUAUUCAAAGAAUGUAAUUCUUCAAGAGGUCCCAUUCGAAAUGCUUAAAAUAGCCCAUGCCUUUUCUGAUAUACAGGUAUUCGACAUCACUGAACAUGAAAUUGUUAGUGAUGUUCUUGAUUUAAAAACUUGAGAGUCUGGCUCAAAUACUGUUUCUCUGUUUUCAGUUUUUUGUGAUUGUGUCCUAGUAACAGUAACAUUCACAGUUUAGGAAGAACUUUCCAUUUCUUAUGAAAAGAGCAAAGAAGCUGCCAUAAAUAGUUUCAUCAUGCACGUUAGGAAUUAAAUUGGAUGUAGUUUCGUUGGGUACACAACCUUAAGUUUGUCACAAAGAACUUUGGUUGUGGUGAAAUAACUGUGCUAUCCUCUAAACAGUAUGUUAUCAUAAGAAAAAUAUGGUUUUUCUGUCCAAGAAAACUGUCGGAAAGGAGCAAAGAAAUUUCUUCUCUGUGGAUGUAUGGUGUAUUGAAUGUAAGGAACACUUGACCAGAGGUUAUGUAUUCUACAUACAAGUGCCAAGUACCGGGCUGCUAGAUAAAGUCUAAAUAGAUGACAGGAUGGAAUGCAAACUAUUAGAUUUAUGUAAUUGUGGAGAGAAAAUACUACUUGGUCUUGGAGACAGUGUAGGUUCUUACCUAGCUUUUACACCUGCAAAUUUGAUGAGAACAAAUUAGGAAUUGAUAAUGCACAUGGUAAUAGCAAUGAUAUGCUUCCACUGCGUCCUACUAUGUGCACUAGAUUGUAUAUAAUGUAAAUGUAAUGAUUCAAUCUGGAGGAGAAGACUGAAGAGAAUAAUAAAUAU